GUCUUGUCUUUUGAGUUCAGAAGCUCAUAAGAAAGAAAGUUCAGAGACUUCUAUUUUACAUCAGAUUAAGACAAUCAACAUUUUUGGAGGUGGGUGAGAGAGAGAUAGAUAGUAGCAUGGAAGCUGAGCGAAUGUCAGGCUUUUGUAUUACAAAAGCAAGAAAUGUUCGUAAUGGAAGUGUGGGUAAUGGUAAUGGUAAUGGUAAUAAUUGUACUAGUACUGGAACUAAGUGCGGGCGUUGGAAUCCUACUUCUGAACAAGUUAAAGUCCUGACUGACUUGUUCAGGUCAGGACUCCGAACUCCGAGCACUGAUCAGAUUCAGAAAAUCUCCACGCAGCUUAGUUUUUAUGGCAAGAUUGAAAGCAAGAAUGUCUUUUAUUGGUUUCAGAACCAUAAAGCUAGAGAAAGACAGAAGCGGCGAAGAGUUUCUACAGAUGAAAAAGAGCACAUCAUUCGUGGAGAUGACAAUCUUUCAUCUUCUGGCAGAUAUUUUUCUGAGAUAAAUCAGGUAACUGAGCAAGAACGAGUGAUCGAAACACUUCAACUAUUCCCAUUAAACUCAUUCAAUGAAGGAGAAACCGACAAGUGUAGAUAUCAAGGAAAUGAAUGCAAGGAACCCACAUCUUUUUCCUACUCAUUUGGUACAGAAAUGGAUCAUCAUCCUCCAUUGGAUCUGCGAUUAAGCUUCCUGUAACAUGUCUUCGAAUCCGUGAAAUAUAACAUAUAUAAAUAUAUAUUGGUUGUAGUGACGAUUCGAAGAGUUAACAUUUAGGGUUAGCAUGCAUGAAGGUUACAAAAUUUCAACGAGUUCAGAAAUGGUGUGAUAGUUGGCUGUUUUUUAUUUUUUUAAAAACAUAAGAAAUGCUUCAACAUUCUCCUCUA